CCGCUUGGGGAAGACGAUCGAGCAGGCCCCUGGCUUGGAGAUACUGUAUUCCUCUCCUAUUUAGCUAAAUAGCAAAGACCCCAGUAUAAUUCCCUAUCUUCAUAUUCUACACCAUUUCAAUGAAGACAGAAUGCCUUCAGACAACCUCUCCAUCUUCCCCUCAACAUCAAUGUCUUCCACCCCCAGUUCCCAAGAGAAACCCCCACCCACCGAACCAACCCUCGUGAGAACAAACACCUCCACAGCGACUCCCAAUGACUCCUUCCACUUCGACUUCGGGCCCCUCGCCCACGUCAACACGGCAGGAACCACCUAUCCGGCCUUCGCAGGCGAACUCCAACCGGGUCUAUGGAAGCCCCAGAAGCGCCGUAAGAUGGCCAAUCCCGCACCGUUAGGACUCUGCGGGUUUGCGCUCACGACAUUCCUCCUGGGCUGCAUCAACAUGCAGACGCUGGGAAUCGCCACCCCCAACAUCAUCGUCGGGCCUGCUUUCGCAUACGGAGGUCUUGUCCAGCUUCUCGCGGGCAUGUGGGAAAUGGCCGCCGGAAACACCUUCGGCGCAACCGCGCUCUCCUCCUACGGCGGAUUCUGGAUCUCCCUAUCCAUAGUCUUCAUCCCCGGCGGAUUCGACAUUCAGGGCGCCUACAAAGCAGCCAAUAAUGGCAGCUUGUCGAUGUUCUAUGACGCAUUCGGGUUAUUCCUAAUGGGCUGGUUCAUCUUCACCUUCCUCCUCUGGCUCUGCACGCUCAAAUCAACCUACGUCUUCUGCGCCCUCUUCGCAGCCGUCGAUGUCGCCCUUCUCCUCCUAGCAGUUGGGUAUAUUCAUCGCACAGCGCCGGAGGUACCCAACGCGAAGAUUAUUAAAGCGGGUGGGUUGUUUGCAUUGCUGGGUGCGUUUAUGGCUUGGUAUGUUGCACUUGCGGGCAUCGCGGACGAUAGUAAUAGUUUCUUUCUUGUUCCUGUGUUUCAUUUCCCCUGGUCGGAGAAGGGGAGGGAGUCGAGGAGGAAGGGGGAAAGUGGGGAGAGUGGGGAUAGUGUUUGAUUUGAUUUUGAUACCAUGGCUUUUCUGAUGUAUUAUGGGGGUUUGUAUGUUUCAUGUGUGACGAGUAUGGUGUUCUUGGGUUUGGGAUGCUUGCUUUGUGCUUUGUGCUUUUGGUGACUACUUUGGAUUGCUAUUUGGGAUGGAUGGAUGGAUAGAUAUGAUGGGAUUUGGGCGCUUGGGUUAGUACUUGACUUCUUACUUUCUAUUUGGGUUUCUCCAGGUAUUAGACCCGCGCCAUUCUAGACUAGAUGCGACUCUACGUCCUCCAAGCUAGAUGAUGA